UCUGCCAGUCAAAAUCUCCCCUCCACCAGCUAAGCCGUCACCUUUAUAAAACCCACAUUCCAUUCUCGUUCUCUAGUCACUGGUAUAGUUCUCAGCCAUGGAAUCUCAAAACCCCCAAACCCCUGAAAACCUAGCUGAAACACCUCCCAGCCGCAACCCCACCUCUCCUUUGCCAACCAACAUAAUUCAUAAAGUGAAAAACAACUUUGUUUUUCAAUCCAAAUGGGCAGAAUUGAAUGGUGCCAUGGGAGACUUGGGCACAUAUAUUCCUAUUGUGUUGGCCUUGACACUUGCCAAGGACCUUAAUCUGGGCACCACAUUAAUACUCACUGGUGCCUACAACAUUGUCACUGGCGCCAUAUAUGGUGUUCCAAUGCCGGUCCAACCCAUGAAGUCGAUUGCAGCAGUAGCCAUAUCUAGUGGUUCGGAUUUUAAUAUCCCGGAAAUUAUGGCAGCUGGAAUUUGUACUGGUGCAAUUUUGUUGGUUUUGGGUGCUACAGGGUUGAUGCAGCUAGCGUACAAACUGAUACCUCUAUCUGUUGUUAGGGGAAUUCAGCUGUCACAAGGCUUAUCGUUUGCUAUGACUGCUGUUAAUUACAUUAGAAAGGUUCAGGAUUUUUCCAAGUCAAAAUCUCGAGGGAAUAGGCAUUGGCUGGGAUUGGAUGGAUUGAUUUUGGCUAUUGUUUGUGCUUGUUUCAUAAUUGUUGUUAUUGGUGCAGGCGGAGAAAGAAAUGAACGAGAUGCUAAUGUUGAUGAAGAAAGGAAUAUGAGAAGAAAAAGAAUCAGGAAAAUCAUGGCUACUAUUCCUUCAGCUGCUAUCAUUUUCUUGUUAGGUGUAGUUUUGGCAUUCAUACGAGGGCCUAAAGUGGUGAAUGACAUUAAAUUUGGACCUUCUUCUAUAGAAGUUGUGCAAAUAACUAGUCAUGCAUGGAAGGAAGGUUUUAUCAAGGGUACGAUUCCCCAACUGCCUUUAUCAGUACUAAACUCAGUGAUUGCAGUCUGCAAGUUAUCAUCAGAUCUUUUUCCAGGAAGGGAAUUCUCAGCCACCUCGGUUUCGAUAACUGUCGGGCUAAUGAACUUGGUGGGUUGCUGGUUUGGUGCCAUGCCAUGCUGCCAUGGUGCAGGUGGACUAGCUGGGCAGUACAAGUUUGGAGGCAGGAGUGGCGGUUGUGUAGCCAUUCUUGGGGCAGCCAAAAUGGUCCUGGGUUUGGUAUUAGGAACUUCUUUAGUGACUAUUUUGCACCAGUUUCCCGUUGGUCUCUUGGGUGUUUUACUCUUAUUUGCAGGGAUUGAACUAGCGAUGACUAGCAGGGACAUGAAUUCCAAGGAAGAGUCGUUUGUGACAUUAAUAUGCACAGCAAUUUCCCUUGUAGGCUCAAGUGCAGCACUUGGCUUUGUUUGUGGAAUGGUAGUGCACGUGCUUCUUAGGCUAAGGAACUUGAGCAGAGAUCAGUCCAGCUCUACAGUUUGCAUUCGUGGGACUCCAUAACAUCAUGUUUUUUAUUUCAGCUUUGAAUAAAGAACGCCUGAAAGAACUUAAUAAGUCUAUGUUAUUUCAUUGAAUUUCCUUGGUAGUAGUAUUUAAUAAGUUUUUUUUUUCUUUUCUCUUUUUUGUCCCUUUUUUGUUGGCUUUCAAAAUCCAAACCCCGAAGGAAGGAAAGAAAAGAAAGAAAACAGAACCAAUGCACAGCAUAUUCUCUAUGAUCCUGUCUUUUUAUAUGUUGGUUGAGACAAGCCCUCCCCAGACUGUUCACCCGCCUUUGUAAAUGCAAGAAUACAUUAUCCCUCCCACGGUUGCUCAUUAUGCCAAAGUCAAUCUAACGCUGAAAACACACAUCGCCUGUAUUCUUUACGAAUAAGUACA